UGUUUUAGUACUUUAAGUAUUCGAUAGUUUUAAAAGAGAAGCAAACAAACUCAAAUUUAUAUAAUUAUUAAUAUAAGUAGUUUAUUUGUAAAUAUAAAAAAAAAAAAAAAUACCUUUCUUAUGUAUCAAAAUAAUGACAAUAGUUAUAAUGAAGUUCUCUAAGAUGGAAGAAUGAUGAGAAUGAUUUCUAUGCUUCAGCCUCUUGGAGAAAGACGCAGACUUAGGAAGAUUAAUUACUUGUUUCUUAAUUCAGACUAUAUAGCAGAUGAACCUAUAAAAAUAAAUAACAAAUAAUGUCCAGGAUAAUUGAUAAUAGAUACCUAAUCUGAGAAAUAUAAAAAAGCGAUUGAUAAGCGUAAUUAACUAUCAAAUAUAGUUAAGUAAGAUGUUGAAAAAAUAAGCAAAGUCUUUAGAUAUUCAGAAUAAGAUUUUAAAUAAAGAGAAAGAGGAUAGUUCUUUGAGUAUCAAUAUUGCAUGGAUUCAAGAAAUUAAAUAAGACCUUAAGAUGCGAUCAAUAAUUUUUUCUAAAUUGCUACUGAUGGUAGCCAAAUUGAUGGAUUUGUUAUUUAUUUCAGUGGCUAAAUUACUGAGGGAGUUCCUUGCAUGGCUUUUUAAAUAAGAAAUGAAGUUCAUUUCGUAACUGUUCAUUAAAUUUUAGAAUUAUGGAGAAAAUUCUUGAAUGGAUACAGAGAAAAGAAGCACUUGUUUUUAAUUAUUGAGUCCCCUUGUUCCUCAUAAUUUUUAGAUCAAAUUCAUUAAAGCAAAGAAAGGGUCGAUUAGUACAAUGUUAGCUUUUUAUUUAGUGAAAGAGAGAAGAGAACAACUCGUUCUUAAAUUAACAGCUACUUAAAGCAGUAUGAAGAAUAUCAAAAAGUCAUCAAAUAAAGAGUCAAUGAUGAGGACAAAACUCCAUAAAACUUCAUUUUGAAAUAGGAUAACGUUUGGAGAAUAGAAGAUUAUGCAGGUUGCUCCGGAUUUACUGCUGCUCUGUGUGAGCAUCUGCUAAAUUCACCACCAAAAAGAAUAGAACAAUUAUAUUAGAGCAGAAUUGAGUUCUACUUAAAUAAGUAUGUAGUCUAACCUGGGUUCUUUGGCUUUGCUGCGAAGAACUAUUUAGAUUUUGGAUGGUAUAUGGACAUAAAUUACUAUAGAAUAUAGCAACAAAGCUCUAUCAAUUUUUAUGGAAUAAAGAGAAGCCAUUUUAACUUACCAAUGGAAUAAAUCUCAAUUGAGCAAGAAUAGAAUAUUUACAAAGGAUUUAACUACUUUGGUUUAGUUAAAAACAAAAAAACUGACGUGCUUAUCCAUGAUCCAAUGCUUUUAAAAAAGUAAAAAGAAUUAGAAUAAUAGACUGAGUUACUAAAUGCAAAAAUUGAAGAAAAUAAAAUCUCUGAAGCUAAAAAUGAAGUGAAGUCAUAUGUUUCUCAGCAGUCAGUUUUAGAAGAUUACAAUUUUCAAAGCGGAGAUGAGGAAAAUAAUCUAACAAGAAAUUGCAAUGGGUUCUAAAUUUAUGAAGAUGGAUCAAAAUAUAUAGGUUAAUGGUUUAACAAUAAAUAAAACGGAAUAGGAGUAGCCAUCUAUAAAAAUGGAGACAGGUACGAAGGAGAAUUCGUAGAUGGUAAAUAGUGCGGAUAAGGCUACUUGUAUACAAAAAGAACUAUAUACGCAGGCUAGUUUUAUAAUAAUAUGUAUUUUGGAAAAGGUAUAGUAAUUUGGUGGGCACGCUUGAGAAACAACUGCUUUGUUGGUAAUUUUAAUGACAGAUAAGCCACAGGUUAUGCCUAUAGAUUAGAUAAUUCAAGAGAAACAAAAUUAUUUGGUAUUAUUUCUGAUAAACAUCAAUUCAAUUAAUACUACGAAGAUCAUGAAUUAAACAUGGAUGUACCUGAAGAAGAAUCUAUGUUUAGUUGUAAUAAAGAUGUUUAUGAAUUUGAUUUCAAUUAUAAUAGCCUUGAAAUGAAAUGCAAUUUUAAAAAAUAAUUUAAUGAAUAUUUAGAAAAAUAAGAAUAAUUUAAAAAAAAGGCUGAAGAAAACUUGAAAAUGUUAAUUUUUUAAUAAGUCCAACCAAAAUAAGAAGUUCCUGGUCUAGAUGAAUAAGGACAAUAGUUAUAAUAGGUAGAAGAAUAAUAAUUUGCUAUUCCUGACGUUACUUAACUGCCUUAAUAUGAGGAAUUUAAAGAGGAUCUAAAUGAUCUCAAUCCAGAUAUGUAAGAAGAUAAUAUUAAACCUUAAGAUGUAGAGUUUUUGCUCAAGCACGCUGUCUGUAAAGUAGAAAUUCAAGAGGAAGAAAAAAUUUAAAAAGAAGAAAAAACAUUAGAAGUUAUACAAUAGAUUGAUGAUAUGCUUGACGAUUUUGAAAAUAUUUAAUUAUAACCUGUAUAAAAAAAUCAAUAACCAUUAGAGUAAAAAGAAAUAAAAUAACCACCAUAGGAAAUAGGUUAAUAAUAAAUUUAAGAAGAACAAAAAAAUGAAGAAGCUGGAAAUCAACAAUAAGAAAAAAUUUAAAUAGAAAGUAAAAAUGAAAAACAAGAGUAGUUACCUUUACAAUAGCCAGAGCAAUAAAUAUAAGAGACUGCAGAAUAGAAAGCUAUUUAGGCUCGUCUUGCUUUAAUACCUUUAGUAGCUAUGAAAGAAUAUUAUAAAAAGCAAGAGGGUAUAGAUUUAUAUGUGUCAAAUGAAAAAGUUGAGUAAGAUAUGAGUCAAUAAUUUAAAUAAAGUAUGCUUAAUAUUGGUCAAGCUGAAAACAAUAAAUUUAUGAAGAUUAGAAUAUAAGACGACGCUAACGUUAGCUUUAAUAAAACCAUUUUAGAUGAUCAAUAAAAAGAGAAAUUUAUUAAAAAAUUCAAAAAAAAUGCUGCCAAAGCAUAUGGAUGCAAACCUGAAGAUAUUAUUAUAUUCGGUCUAAGCAAAGGAUCUAUAAAUGUUGAAUUCAAAUUAAGGGAUGAACUAUAUAUCAAACUAAAUGAUAGUAACUAAGUUAUAGAUUUUUUCAAAAAUAAAUGCAAUUACAAAGGAGCUGAAUUGAGAGUACAUAACCUAUUAGAAUAUGCAACUCUAACACCUGAAAACUGUGAUCCUAGCUUUAACUUUGACUGGUCUAAAGAACCUGAAGGAAAAAUUUCUUAUAGAGGAGGUCUUACUAUUAAAAAUAAGGGAUUUAAGAAGUAACACUAUAUAUUCCCUUCUGGUUGGAAAGGCUUUGGUUUAAAUAUUUCUAAGUAUAAAGAUAAAGAAUGGAUAGGAUAUGUUAAUGGCAAACCAACUUAUAAUUCAAAAGAAUAAUGGAUUGUCCUUUAUCACGGUACAUCUAUCCAAGGUGUUGAAGGAAUUACAAAAGAAGGUUUUAGAUUAGGCCAACAUCAUAAAUAUGCAGGAGCUAAAUGCAGGAUUACUGGAAAAAUUAUUGAAAAGAGUAGUAAAUGCGUGUAUUUGACAGAUGAUGCAAACGUAGCAGGUCGCUAUUCAACUCCUUUUGAAAUUAAAGGCAAAGCUUACCAAAUGGUAUUUUAGUGCAGAGUUAAUCCUAAAGUAGUUAGAAGCCCUAAAGAAAAGCCAGAUUACUAUAUUAUAGAAGAAAGUGGUUAACCCUAACAAAACAUUAGACCCUAUCGUAUUCUUUUGAAAAAGCUGGAUGAAAAAGAAUAUAAGGAAUUUUAAGAAAACCAAGAAAAAAUACGCUAAAAUUAUUAAGAUUAAAAUGAAGCUCAAUAUUAACUUUAAAAGUUAUUAAGAGAAUAAGAAGAAGAAUCUGGUAAAAGAGAAGAAAUAUAAUAUUAUGUUGAAAGUAGUGAAUCUGAUAAUGAAUCAGAACAAGAUAAAUUUGAAAACAAUAAAUUGCUAAAAAACAUAUUAAAUAAUGAUUAGCCCAAAAACAAAUAAAAUAAUUAAUAACUCAAAAAUCAAUUACACAUACCUAUGUCUAAUUGA